AUAUCUAUAUUACCACAUAUAAACACUUGCAUAUAUACUGUUUGUUCCUCUCUCUCUCUCUCUCUCUCUCUCAUUCGGAUAGCCCCCCCUUUCUCACUCAUCUCAGACUCAGAAACCCUAACACAGAGUCGUCGAGUCCGUCUAAUUUUGUUUUCAGCUUUCAAUUUGGAAGCUUUAAUUCCUGCUAUUUCGGGAGUGCAUAUUCGAAGGACGCGAUUAAUUAUUUGCUCGAUAAGGAAUUGAUUUCGGUGACGGUGUAGGUUGAGUUAAGGCUGCAAUCCUUAGAGAUUUGGCUUGAGGAAAAAGUAGGAUGGAGCUUUCUAGGUAGAGGUUUAUUUUGGGAUUUUAUGGAUCGUGCUGUUCCUGGAAGCUUUUGUAUUGAGCUUUAGUGUAGUGUCUAUUCAAGCGAGUAUGGGGUCAGCUUGCUGCGUUGCUAGAAAGGAUACAACCGUGACGAGCAGAACCAGGGGAGAAACGUUGCGCAGAAAUGCAGGAUAUUCACCAUCGUGGAGUUUCCGAUGGGAUAACCGGAGGCGUGUGGCAGGAGAAUUGGAGAAUAUAUCAGAAACAUCUCUUGGAAUCAGCACAAACAGUAGCAUGGAGAUAAAAGGGGAAUUAAUUUCAGAUAGGGGUAAUUUUUCAGGUCAGGGAAGCCCUCUUGGAAAUUUUGGAACGCCCACCUCUCAAAAGUCAACUCCCAUGUCUCAGAAGUCUCCUGUGCAUGAAGGACAGGGUACCAAUACUGUAACUUCUUCAGAUAUAACUCUUGCUGGUAAUGGUGAUGCAAAGGUACAGAGCUCUACAAUAUCAUCAGGAACCCUUGAUUCCUCUGCUCCACAUCUUUCACUGGCUGUUCCUUCAAGCUCUUCUUUCUGCACGCCUGUUUCAGACCCUUUACUUUCCCAAACUCCCUCCCUUCCUACAAAAUCUACCCAAUUAAGAAGGGGCCAACCCUCACCGGGACACCACCUUUUACGACAAAUUUCGGAUAGUCGGAUAAUGGGUUUGAAAUCACCGAACAGUACCUUAAUAUCCGAAGGUAGAUCCUCAUUUGUGCUCUCUACUUGCAGUAAUGAUAUGACCGUUGGAUCCCAAGGUGGUUCUUCUGAUGGUUGGUCAAUGCGGACGUUCUCCGAACUUGUGGCCUCAUCUCAAAGAGAGAGGUGGUCCUUCGACAGUGAAUUUUUAGGGUCUGCCAUUGGCAAAAGCGAAUCUAGCAGCGCAUUAUCAUAUUCUCCCUUGAGUGACAUGCAAAAUUGUGGAAUUUGCUCUAAGCUCUUGACGGAUAGAUCUUCUUGGAGCAGUCAGAAAAUUGUUGUAACUGAAAUGUCGGUCGUUGCUGUGCUUGUCUGCGGGCAUGUUUAUCAUGCCGAAUGUCUGGAGGCUAUGACACAGGAAAUUGACCGCUACGACCCUUCUUGUCCAAUUUGCACGCUUGGUGAAAAGCAAAUGUCUAAGGUGGCUAAAAAGGUGUUGAAAGCAGAAGCGGAGCUUAAAUCCAGAAGCAGUAAGGUAUCCAGGAACCGUGUUGUUGAUAGCCCCCUGGGAUUUGAUGUUCUUGAUCGCCGGAAGCCUAGUGGAGAAGAUGAAAACUUUUCGAAGAUGGAACCAAGUCCGAGUGGAAGGAGAUCCUUAGCAAAACCAUUUCUCAGGCGGCACUUUUCGCUUGGGUCUAAGUGGGGUAGAUCGUUGUCCGAGAACAAAUCUGGGAAGAAGGGGUUUUGGGCGAGAUAUCGCAGGGAUUGACGAGUCCCCUCAAUUUGGUAGGAACCUCCAUAACUUCCUGAUAAUACACUGUUAUGCUAAGUAUUCUGGGAAGUUUGCUGAUGGAAUUUCAGCUUUGCUAAUACUUGUAAUUCAGAUCUUCUAUUUUAGUCCCCAAAAAUGUUGUAUUCAGGAAAUAUGAUACUAGUUUAGAUAUAAAUGUUCGAAAGUUGAAGUGAAAAA